UCUGCGCGGUGUAGCGUUACCUUAGCGGCCAGCCUGGCUCUGUGCUUGCGCCCAGACCCCCUGCGGCACAGCUCAGCGCCAGGCGACGGGCGACGCCUCGAGGUAAAACCGAGGAGGUGCGGGAGCGGGAGGCGGGCCCUGCGUCGGCCCUGGAGCUCCAGAGAAGCCCAGGCUUUAGGCCGCAGGGGCGGGUGCGAUGGCGCAGGAGCGGGUGAACUGCAACUUUGACUUGACCCCAGAUUGUGAGGCAGCGGCGACUGCAAAACCUACGGUGCCCGCAGUGGAGACCCCCAAAUACGCCGCAGAGUCCCCGGAGGACUACGACAGCAAGUGCGUGUUCUGCCGGAUCGCGAGGCGCCAGGAACCUGGCACCGAACUCCUGUACUGUGAGAAUGAAGACCUAGUUUGUUUCAAAGAUAUCAAACCUGCAGUACCUAAUCAUUAUCUUGUAGUGCCAAAAAAGCAUAUGGGAAACUGCAAAGAGCUAAAGAAAGAUCAAAUAGAACUGGUUGAGGACAUGGUAACUGUUGGAAAGACCAUUCUUGAACGGAAUAAUUUCACUGACUUAACAAAUGUGAGGAUGGGUUUCCAUAUUCCACCAUUCUGUUCCAUUUCCCACCUGCAUCUUCAUGUUCUGGCACCAGUCAGUCAGCUUGGCUUCUUCUCCAGUUUGGUUUAUAGAGUCAAUUCCUAUUGGUUUAUCACAGCUGAACAUUUGAUUGAAAAACUAAGAAGAUGAAAAUGUCAACAGUGGAAGACUUUCCUAAUCUUGGCUCAAUAUUAACUAAUAUUUUGAUCCUUUUGAUGUCUAAUUGCAGUUUAAGGUUUGUUUGGUUGCAUGAGAAGCUAUUAUUGAGUAGUUUUAAAUUUUUUCUGAUUAUAUUUUUCCUGAUAAUCUGUGACAUAGUUACAUGAAUACUUGUCACUGACUUAUAGGGUUUAAUGGUUAUCUGUCUAAAGAUUUUGUAUGUGUGAUGCUACAGAAAAAUCCCAUUUAAAACAAAUCCUGCUUAUCAAGAAAGGUUUUGCAUUUUUUAAAAGGUCAAAAUAUUUUAAUUUUUCAGUAGUCAAUUACAAUAGCAUUUACUUGGGAAGAAUAAACAUCUACAGGAAGUACUUUAUUGGUACCUUUAUUACAGUGAAAGAGAGAAAGAACUUAGCUAUUUCUUGACAGUUCUACAGUUUUGUUUGUUUGUUUUUUGUUUUUGGCUGGGGCUGGGUUUGAACCCACUACCUUCAGCAUAUGGGGCCGGCGCCUUACUCCUUUGAGCCACAGUUGCCAUCCUGACAGUACUACAGUUUUCAUAAAAAUUUUCAAAGGAAUACCAUACUACUCAGUGAUCUGAUCUUACAGAUGAAAAGAAUUAUAUGUGUGUCACUUUUUAUCAAGUUUUAGGUACUGGUUUUUACUUCUUGAAACCUCAUAUUUUUUUUAAUAAAUUGGUCCUGAAUGCUGUAUAAUAUAUAUAACAUAAUGUCUAACAGUGAGUUUAUAAUAACUAUCAAAUAUGCUAUCAGAAGUCACUAAUGGAAUUUUGCCUGUAAUAACAUAAAAGAAAAACCAAGUGGUUCACAGAAACUGCUUUAUAGCAUUUUUUUUUAACCACAGGAAAUUAGAAUUACAAGUGGUUAAAGUUAGCUUUUUUUUCACAAUCAUGAAAAAAAAGCCUUAUUUGAAAGUGAAGAUAGAUGCAGCUUUAGAUGAGAAAAUUAUUUUAAUGACGCAAUGUUAACACUGAUAUUUCAACAUCUGGGAUCAAUAUUGUUUCAUUUGUUCAUUAAUUUAUUCAUUUAGCAAACAUUUAUUGAGCACUUAAUGUGUACCAGAUACUGACGGAUCAGGAAAUGAAGGAUGGAAAUGAAAGAAAUGAAAAUGGAAAAUCUGCCUACAAUUGCUAAUACAGGAGUCAGAUAGAAUUUAGUGUGUUAGGUGCCAUAAUGCUACAGAAGAGAAUGUGGAAGGGAAGCACUUCUGAGAGCCGCUGGCAGUGGGACUGAGAGAUGGAAUGUUAGGUGAGUAGACAGUGACAGGUUAGGCUAAGAAACUCAUUGUACUUUCCUUGAGUUCUACUUAGCCUAUUAUUUACAGUACAAUUGACGUAAAUGUCCAGAUUUCAUCUCAUUCACUGAAGGUGAAGAGAGUGAUUUGGAAAUACGAGUCAUGGGCUUUCAAGCUGUGAUGCCACAGCACUCUAUGGGGGGCCACUCUGUCUCAAAAUAAAUAAAUAAAUAAAUAAAUAAAUAAGUUAUGGGUUUUCAAAAUUAGAUUUGAAGAUUCUCCAGUACUUUGUGACAUAGCUCACUGAGCACUUACAUAGAUUAACAGCUACAAGUUUCUAUGAAUCAGAAAUAUGAUUAACCUUAGAGAAGGACUUUUUAACAGAUGCAACCAUUGAAUGUUUUACUAUGUGAACUUACAGUAACAGAAGUGACAACAUUUUAAAAAUAACAUGUAAAGUAUUUAAGGAAUUCUUAAAUCCCUCAAAGUGUUACCAUUACAAAUCAAAGUAUGAUUGGAGACUGUAACUAUGGGCAACUUUGGAAUCCUAAAUAAAAAAUACAACAUAAGUGUCAGCUGGAUCUUUUGGGCGUUCUGUCUUCAUGGUGGUAUCCACGAGCAAUAUCACUGUAAGUAUGAAACCUUUUUGAGUUUUCAGAAGA